GUACUUCAAAAACUAGGAAAAGCAGAUGAAACAAAAGAUGAACAGUUUGAAGAAUACGUUCAAAAUUUCAAACGGCAAGAGGCAGAGGGUUCCAGGCUCCAGAGAGAACUGAGAGGAUAUUUAGCAGCCAUCAAAGGGAUGCAAGAUGCCUCAAAGAAACUUACAGAGUCUCUUCAUGAAGUUUAUGAGCCAGAUUGGUACGGACGAGAAGAUGUGAAAAUGAUUGGAGAGAAAUGUGAUGAACUUUGGGAAGACUUCCAUCAAAAACUGGUGGAUGGGUCGUUGUUGACCUUGGAUACAUAUCUAGGACAAUUUCCUGAUAUCAAAACUCGCAUUGCAAAACGAAGCAGAAAGCUGGUGGACUACGACAGUGCAAGGCAUCAUCUAGAAGCCCUGCAGAGCUCAAAAAGAAAAGACGAAGGCAGAAUUACCAAGGCAGAAGAAGAGUUUCAAAAAGCACAGAAAGUGUUUGAAGAGUUUAACACUGAUUUACAAGAAGAGUUGCCAUCUCUGUGGUCACGACGAGUUGGCUUCUAUGUGAACACCUUCAAAAAUGUAUCCAGCCUCGAAGCCAAGUUUCACAAGGAAAUAGCUUUACUAUGUCACAAACUAUAUGAAGUGAUGACGAAGCUGGGAGAUCAGCACGCAGACAAGGCCUUCACCAUUCAAGGGGCACCAAGUGAUUCAGGUCCACUCCGCAUUGCAAAAACACCGUCACCGCCAGAGGAGGUCUCUCCCCUGCCUAGCCCUACUGCUAGUCCCAAUCAUAUGCUGGCACCAGCAUCCCCGGCACCAGCCCGGCCUAAGUCACCCACACAGCUGAGGAAAGGUCCACCAGUCCCACCACUGCCUAAGCUCACACCCACGAAGGAGUUGCAACAGCAGAACAUCAUUAACUUCUUUGACGACAACUUUGUCCCAGAAAUCAAUGUGACGACCCCAUCACAGAAUGAAGUUCCUGAAGCUAAGAAAGAGGAAUCUUUGCUAGAUCUGGACUUCGACCCUUUCAAGCCAGAAGUUGUAUCAACAGGAGUUACUCAUUCACCCAUGUCUCAG